GCACUGCAGCUUUAAGCGAUGAAACUUACAAAAUGAGAAACCCACCAUUGAAAUCACGUAGCCACUUAUUACCCCACAUUACCUUAUUUAUCACCUCAAAAUGACCGUAACACUGUAGCUUUAGCCCUGAGGUCAAUCUGCAUUCAACGUCAUCCAACUUUAAUGUACACUGAUUCAAACACAUGCUCCUCGGUGAUGCAGCUGCUGAUUAUUAUCGUGGAGAUGAAAGCCAUUACUGUCGCUUGACCUGCCUGCUCCACAGCAAGAGGAGGAAUCAAAGGACCCACAGAGACCCCCCACUGCUCUCGGCAAGCUUGUUUUUCUCCACAGCGGAGGCAAAAGUAUCCAGAUUGUUGUGAAUAUCUGGUCUGUCUAGGUCUCAUUCUGCACUGAUGCUCCCUACAGAGGCCUCAUGUCUGUCCCAUGAGGUGGAGGAGGAACUGCCCAAAAACAGUGGAAGUGUGUUUCUUCAGACGUUCAGGCUCCUUGAGCAAACGGUGACAUGUGAUGCUUUUUUUUUUUGCCGCGCUGCAAAAAUCAUUUCAUAUGUUGCCUGUAAUUCCCAUUGAUUGUGUAUUCAUCACAGCUGUGGUCCAAACGCAAGCAGAUUGGGGAUUAGGUUGACUGAACACUCAACUGACCAUAUGUGGGAAUUUGAGAGCGAAUGAUCCUCCCUUCUCUGUAAGUUGGCCCUGCGAUGGAGUGGUGAUCUGACCUGAGUGUAACCUGCCUUUAACUUAUCAGCUGGGAUUGACUCUAGCCCCCCGUGACCCUCAAGUGGAGGAUGAAGUGAUAGAAAAUGGAUGGACUAUUCAUCACUUCCUGGAAACUUCGAUGUAAACAUUAGCAUUGGCAGCACUUUUUGGCACCACAUGACUCCAGGAACUUCCAUGGCUCUCUUCAGACUUCUUCCACUUUUCAUGACGACCAUUCAAACACUGGGAGUACAUGUCAACGAGAACCAUGUGUGAGGAGUUCAGGUUUCUGCUACACAGCGCUGACCUGAAAGAGGAAAGAGGAUAGAGGUGAGAACCAGAGGGUGGCUUUACAACACUCAGCGGGGCCCCUGGCACAAUUGACUGGAGACCUGCCAACUGCUCACAUUCCUGCCUUUCUUUUGGAACUCGAGGUUUGAGGUGGGCAAGAGUGGCUGGGCAAGAGUGACACCGGGGUCACGGUAACUCUGCACUGACGCGGAGAGGCAGAAAAGAGGUAGACAAGAAUCGUACAGGUGAGGAAGAGAGAGAGAGAGAGAGAACAGAAGCAAGAGGAAAACACUCGGCAGCUUUACCCCUCCCUUGUCCUCAUUGUCUUUUUCCUGUGUGUGUGAUCGACUGGAGGGAGGUGCUCAGCUGGGAACGAGGGGAGAGAGAAAACACUGAGGGAGAGAACACACACACACACACGACAUAAGAGACACUGGACUGUGAUCAGAGCUGGAAUGGGGUGUUGUGUUCUGUAGGUUGUCCUGCAAACCUGUUUCUGGAGGGAAACCGAGGGGCUGGACACAUACACAGGAAUUCCAGGUCAGGAGGGUUCCUGUGGCACAGCAGAGCUGAGCUGGGCUGGGCUGGGCUGGUAUUCCAAACUCUGCCUCUAACAGUCAUGAGCGUCACAGGAGUAGAGUAGGACGACAGUGGGAAUAAAACAAUAUUUUCAGGACGAGAACUGCGAGACGUUUUACUUCAGGGGUCAACAUCAGGCCUGACCCACUCAUGAUGGGAUCCUCUGUGGAGUUCGCCUGCUUGCUGCUGAUGCUUUCUACACUGGGAAAGAACCUCCUGGUGUCUGGCGGUUGUUCGGGCAAAUGCUGUCGGGGCAGAGACUUGAUCUGUUUCACCAAAGACUGGAGGAUGGACCGCGUGUUUGGGACUUGUUACUGCGACGAAAGCUGCGUCAGGACCAAGGACUGCUGCUUUGACUACUUCACAGAGUGUCCAGCUCAGGACUGUGCUGUGAGCGACUGGAGCUUCUGGAGCGGCUGUGCAAAGCACUGCCAGCCCUCGGUGCGAGUCCGUGUCCGUCAUGUCGAGCAGAGGCCCAGUAACAGUGGAGAGCCAUGUCCCAGCCUGGAGCAACAAGCCGGCUGCAGGGAGUACAGAGAUCACCAGGGUAACCACUGUGGACUCAACUCAGGUCCUGCAUUCAUUGCCAGCAUGGAGUUUGGCAAAGGAAGGCGCAGACAUGACAGCUAUGGAAACCCCCUGGACCCUGGGUUCUGUGUGGAAUUCACAUUGAAAUCCAGGACACCCCACUGUACUGUUGAGAACAGGCCCCACACACACUGGAUGCGCUACAUAACCGAGGGCUUUAAAGUGUGUGUGGCGUGUGAACCGCCAGCCAUGAGAAACAAUAGUGGCAACUGCCAAGGAGACGGUCAGGAAUCAGACAAAGGAGCUUUGCUCCACUGGCAGGCGGUGGGGAAUCCUCAGUGUCGUGGGACGUGGAAGAAGAUGCAGACAACCCAGCAGUGCGAUUGUCCACCACAACACAGCUUUGUCUUCAUCUGAUCCAAACAAAGCAGCACAGAAACAGAACAGUGCUCUGGUGUGGAGUUCACACCCGAACGCCCCUCAGCACGAAAAUAACGUGUUCAGAUCAGAUGAUUGCACACGGCAGGCUUCUCACUGAGAUGCUUAAUGCUCGACGGUGGUGCAAUACAAUUACUGG